GCAGAAGCUGUUCGACCAAGAAGCAGUAAAUCAAAAGGAAAGGUAUGUUGUGUUGCUGACAUUUUACCAUGAAGUAAUGCUACAUUGAGUACUGUAUAACCUUUAUUCAAAACCAGACCUCAGCAUGCAGCAUAUUAGGAACAUGAAAUCCAGGAUAAGAUGUGUGUGUCUAUACACUAUGUACUAUAGAAUUGCUUUUCAAACACUUCGUUUAUUGUCUAUUAACUAAAUUAACAUUCCACACAUACCCAUUAAAUGCACACGAGAGAAACUCUCGUGAUAUACGCAUUGCACGUGCACUGUACAUAUCGCAUGACAAAGUGAUAGUAUAAUUCAAUAAUGAACACGUAAUGUUGCGUAAUGCAAUGGAUAUAGCGUUAGUUUGUACUGAACAGCUGAACAAACACGGUACUUGGUGUGUGUGCUUAGGUUUUAGAGGAUAUAUCUAUUAAUCUAUGUUGUACUGUUUUCAUCCAGUCAUAAAUAUUUUAUAAAAAUAACGACAACAGCUACAAAUCAUCCCAUUAAACUACUUUUCUUACGAAUAUUGAUAAAUAAUCAGGUCCAGUCCAAAGACUAUUUCCACCUACAUAGCUAAACCUACUUUAAGUAGCUACUUUUACCUGAUUUUGAAAAUAUAGAUAAAUAAUAAUUAAGGCACAUCUUUUAAACAGGUCUGUCGUUUUAAAUAUGUAUCAUGUUGUGCAUGUGCACGGCAAAAUUCUGAUUGUAAAUUUGAAUACUUUAUGAGGGUAGAGAAUGUAGAGGAAAUUCCUGAAAAAUUGCCCCCAAAACCUUUAAUGUAUUGUAAACAUGCAUGAUGGUAAACUUUAGAAUUAAUACAGAUUUGUAAGACAUUUUAGACUUCUUAUCACGUAGCGAUCCUUAUAAGCUCCUAGGAAAUGGAACUGGGUGUAGUUAUUGAUACAAAUUUGAAAGGUUAGAAUGUAAUCAUUCUUUGUCCAAUAUUUUUGUGGUAUUCUAGUCAGUGUAAGUGAAUCAAGAAAUUUGGUACACACCAUAUUGCACCGUUCCUGCAUUUGGCCCAGGAAAUGCAAGUAAAGGAAAAAGUAGGUAAAAAUAGCUACCUGGAGUAGGUUUAAAUACCUCGGUAGCUAUAAGUAGCUAGGUAGGUAGAAAUGGUCUUUGGACUGGACCUGAUGAUAUCAGGAGAAAAAAAAUAUUUGGCUGUAGUAAGACAGUAUAUAGAAUAGACUGAUGUCUACACUAGUAUCUAAAUAAGUUAAUUUGUGGGGGUAGACAGGGUAAAAUGGAGAGGAGAGAAAGUGGAAGGAAAUGGGAGAGGAAGGGGCUAGUUAGCUAAGAGGGGAACAGAGGGAUAAAGGAAAAAGAGAGAAAGAUAAGGGGAAGGGAGGGAUCAAAGAAAGAGAGAGAGAAGGAUGAGGGAGGAGGAAAAGAGGAGAGAAAGAAAUGGAUUUCUCUGCCACCUGUUAACAUUGGGAUGCAGGUGAAUCUUGGCUUUAGACCAAGAAACACAAAAUAGACAGCAAAGACAGAAGGGAUGAAAUACUCAAUGCCAGCCCUCCAAGUGUUUCUCUUGCUCAGAAUAUUAUAGAUUCGGAGACAACAGAUGUGAUUGAAAGAGAUACUGUAAGAAAUGAAGAUUUACUGACUAAAACUGAGUCUUUGGUGGAAGCACUACCAGAGUCACCUGUGACAGAUCCGGAAUCUCAAAGGACAGAUCCGAAGCCUCCAGACAAAGUCGAGAUCCCUUCGGAGCAGAAUCUUGGAGAUGUUUCGGGUGAUGUAAAUGUUUCUUCAUCUAAAGACGAUUCCAGAAAAGGAAGUGAUGUCAAAGAAAGGUGUGAAGAACGUUUUGAUUCUGACGAGAGGACAGAUUUGCAGGGUAGUAACAAAGAGGUGAAUGUGACUGCUGUUUCUAUUGAAGACGUAAGGGUGGAUCCAAAAUGCAACAGGAGCGAGAGCUUUUACUCUGCUGUGUCUUCGAUUGAAGGUGAUGGAGGGGAGAAAAAUUUGCUUAUUGAUUUGGAAGAGGAUGAUCAACAAGAGGAAGAAAACUGUCAGGAUAAGCAGGAAACACAACCUACUCUAGAAUCAAAGGAGAGAACUCACAGUGUUGAUACUGUAUCAAAGGAAGUUGUGAGCACUGUUGUGACACCUCAAGAUGAUGAAAUAUCUAGAAGUAACGAACUCGUUAGAGGAUCACAGGAUACAGAUUCAAAAGAAACACGCACUGAAAAAUCAGAAAGUUCAGAGUCAAGAAAUUUAAUGAGUGAAAUUGCAGAUUGUGCACCAAGUCAAACAACUUCAGAAAAGUUAUCUGACAAGUUGUACCCUGUGUUGGAUAAAUUCAUAGAACAAACUUCUGUGAGCAGUGAGAAGCUGGAAGUCAUAUCAUGUUCCAUCGGGCCCAGCGCCGGGACUGCAUCAGCCCCAGGGAUGGACCGCUUCACUGAAGAUCCGAGGGAGCAACAAUAUGUGGAAUGUAGGUCAUUCAGGGACAGAAUCCAGCCACUGACCAGAGAGCAGAUGCAGAGCUUGUACUACAAUGUACAGCUGGCCAACAACCCGGCAUUCGUCGACCGGUUUAUACAGAAUGAACUCAGGAGGGAGAACCAUGAGUUCUAUGAGAUUUUGCUGAGUUACUUAGCAACGAGGAGACAUUUUCUGAGUGCCGAACAGGAGGUACAGGUCCUACAAGGAGACUACACACAGUUCAAGGAGCAGAGCUGGAUUACUCUGAAGCAGUCUGUUCCAGCCAAGGGUAUGUGUGGAGAUGGCGCGUCCUGCAAGACAACCCAUACAUAUGAAUCCAUAGAAUUUCACGACGAUGCUUUUAACAGCUGUAAAAAGACUUUGACAUCGAUACGACAUAAUAUUCAGAACCAACUGGCUUUGUAUUCUUAUUCCUCGCAGCUUGCUAGAUUACAGGUGGAAUCUUACAUUCAUAACUUGUUCAUGUCAUCGCCGACAUUAAGGGACAUUCCACGGAAUGCUCCGGUGCAAGCAUGUCACCGUCACAGUCCUGAUGUUCAACACCAAAUCAAUCGACUGCGAGACUGCAUCACAGUUCUCUUUGUCUUUCAUCGCCAGCCAAUCAAAGAUCAUGAAUUCGUUCAGAACAUUAGAACAUGGACUCAGAGAAUGAUAUCAGCAUUAGUGCGGGUUGCAAGUUAUGAGGACCACCUGUUUGUUUUGAAUCACAUCUUACGCUGCCCAGCUGGUGUAGGCAAAUGGGGAACCAGUUUAAUUCAAGUUCCAGCAUUUCAUACUCUCAGCAGCCAAUCAAGUUUUGACAGUCCAAUUUUAGAUCACAUCCUUACAUGUUUUGCCACCGUUCUAAUGCCGAUCAAGGGCAGAGAAGAGUUUGUAGCGCUGAUGGGUAAAUGCACAACUAUAGAAGGUGGCAAUCAGUCCAACAACUGGAUCAUGGUAGACUCCGAUGGAGAUGAGGAUGAAGAUCCAACGAAUGCUUGGUUAUACCUCCAUGAAAAUGAUGUGGUAGCGAUACUGAAUCAGCUGCAGGUGGUAGAAGUCUUCAAGCAUGUACUGCUGAUGACAACUCAGUCAGAUGGUUCUCCCGAGUAUGACUGCAGGCGGACUUCAGAGUCCCUGUUCCUGAAACUCCUGGCCUUUUGUACCUGUUUUGUGGAGAUACUGGGAUGUGGGCUCCAGAAUUACAAUAUGCCAAGAUACAAACAACUCAACAAAAGAAUUGGAAGAAUGAUUAGAAUGACUGUACAAUAUGUGUCAGACCACUGGGAGAAUUUCUAUAAACUCAACAAGCAAAGUCUUCCUCAAGCACAGUUAGCUAGACUGGAGGUGGAGUAUAACCGUUUCUUCCAGAGAUGCACCAGCACUAUUCUAUCAGCAGAAAAGUUGGGGUCAUGGCAGUUUAUGACAGACAUGCCAUACUCUACUGUUACUAAGGAAACAAUGUGGUUAUUGCUGUGGUCUAUGCAUCAGGGGAGAGGUCAAAGGGUCACAGAAAUGAGUAUGCCAACGGAAGAAGAGUGUCGAAAAUUUGUUGCAGACCCGGAAAGCAAGUUACAACUGGCUGAUGUCAUCAACCUCCUUCCCACUUCUGAAGUCAUCUUCCUGUUAACAGCUUUGGCCAACAUGGCCCAGUGUAGGAAGGCUGAGGAGACAGAAUUUAUUGAAGCUGUGGCCUUUGGACUAUUUGAGAUUUGCUAUGUGUGUAGUCAGACAAGGGAGGCAUGCUCUAAGGUUGGGCGGGAAUUACUGGUAUCAGUGGCCAAUGCUCAUCCAUUUAUACUGUCCCUCCUCAUCCAGGGCACGAAGGACAACAUGGACAACAUUGGAGCUAUGGCCCUUUACCUUUUCCAAGCAUUACCAUUUCAUCAAUGGAUUCCAUGUGACCCGGAUAUCGUUGUCUUAAAGCAAUGGCUGAUGUCAUCAGAUCUCAACCAGGCUCAGAAUCAGCUCACAAGGCAUGUGCUUAGUCAACUCAACUGGGGAGUGGAUCAAAAGACAAAGAGAUUGUUCCUGCCUCAUGAGAUCCAUAAACAGAUAGCAGUGUUGUUGACAGAGGCUUUUGGUAAAUUCAUCACCAAUAAAAACAUGGGAUUCUAUAUCACAGAAAGCUUCAAACAGCUUGCAUCGGCUAUGAAACAACAGCAGACCAGUGAACAGGUGUUCAAUAUGUGGGCUUGGAAUGUUGCCAUGAAGUUGCACCUUCAUCAGAGCAGCUUUCCAUCAACUGACAUUGCAUUCGCUAAUAUCAGUGGGGGUGUGCCAGUCUUAGCCAAUGAUAACUCACUUCUUCCUGUUCUGAGAGGGCUGAAGGAAAAAAACAGUAUGGCCUCUUAUAUGUCCCUGGUUAUCACCAAAUAUGGACAUAGUGAUGCUGACUUCCUUGUUGAGGGGUUGGACCAGGUUGUGAAUCUGGCUGAGAACUACCACUAUCUGCCUUCACUCCACAUCUUGAGAUACACUGUACCAUUGUUUGUCAACAAAACACAGGCCCUCAUUCAAAAUGACAAAUUUCUGAAAGUAGUGCAGUUGCUUCUGUCGGCGGAUGAAUCAUUCAUGAAAUCUGCUAAAAGUCUCUGGUCACAUGACUUCCCGGGACCAAUCACAGAGAAUUUUUCAAACAUGAUUCUGAAUCAAGCCAGCAGUUCAGUGUCAAAUGAAGUGGAUUCUUCCUAUCAGCUGAAAAUUUUAUCCAUGUGGAUUCAAGUCCUUACAAAGCAAACCAAGUGGUACCUUGAUAAGAACACCUGCUACAUUUUGGAUCGGAUAAUUGAGAUGGGGUACAGCACAGACAGUGGAAUGAUGACACUCCAGUCAGCCUUCAAGGAGACCUUCAUGACUCAUUACAAGGAGAGUCAGCAGCAGGGAGGAGUGGCGUCGUUCGUGAGCUGGGUGUCGUCAGGUGUGACCUCAGUGACAGUUAUCUCCCUUACUGAAAAACUCUCCUCCUCUCACCAGUUUGGCUGGCUGGUCUAUCUCAUCCUCAGUAUUGAGAUGAGGACUGAAGAGGACAGUAAGCUGUGGCCUGCUCUGAGAGCAGAGAUAACUAAUGACUCUAAGCAGAGCUUGGACCAAGCUCUAAAGAAAUGUGUCAUGAAGCUGAAAUUGGAGUAUGCCCCCAGUCUGAAUAGUCUGACCAUCUAUCAGUGGUCCAAGCUGGCUCUUGCCAUGGAACUUGACCACCCCCUGCUUCUCCCUGCCUGGCAGAAGUUCUUUGUACUGUUUCUGGGACGCCAGGUCUCACAAUCCACGAUGCAGCAGAGAGCCAGCAUUGGAGAAAAGUUUUAUGAGAAUUCCAGACACUCAGGGGACUUGAAGAAAAUGAAGAAAAAACUGGGAGAAACAGCUGAUUUUCAUAUGAAAUACUGCUCAGAUGAGACCACUGAAUCCCCAGGAGGUGGGAAAUAUGUUCCAGAUAAAGAAUUUCAUCUCACACUGUCUAGGAUGUACCAGACAUUCCAGCUUUGGGUUCAGGAACCAAUGCUGCACGACUCGAAGCUGUACCUCCCAGCCCUACCUCAGCAGUAUCAGGCAGAUCGUCUCCUCCAGCUCUUCCAGAACCAGCAGGAGACAUGGACGGAGUAUGUAGAUGUGAAGAGAAUAAAGCAUGAAAUCAGAACAUUGUCCAGAACCUGGGAAGAUAAUGUAACUUCAACAGAAGGGAGGAGAAGGGGAGAAUUGUUUAACAGGUCAACUAUAUCAGCAACAGAGAGGAUUCUGGGUAGACUGAGCCACCAUGACCCGGGAACAGAUCUGCCUGCCUUACAGCCCCUGAAAGCACUGAUUCCUGAUAUUAGCACCAACAUUUUGGAUGAGAAACACGCUACCCUACAUUUGUUGCGAUCAGAUCUCAACAACCUAAAGGAAUAUGCAAAAUCUUUUCAUAUGAGAGUUUCAAAGCACGUAGGUCUGGAUGAUGAUUUCUGUAGACUGUAUCCACAGCUUUAUUACAACAGAUCCAGACAGGUGAAUGUAACAAUUGAAUGUAAAAGCAUCAUCAACCCUCUUCACAAGUGUUCAAACCCUGCAGUGGUCAAUCUCAAUGUACAAGAGAAAGCUUGUGACGAAAUCAUUCAGAGACAAAGUGAUGAGAAUCGUGCUGAAUACAAACAGCUGAUGAUAGAGGGAUUGUCUCCCCCUCCCCUCAAUGUGUGUAUUGCAGCAGUGCAUGUGGAAAACGCCAUCACGAUGAUAGUAAAACUGGCCAGAAUGACCACAGAUAGCCUGAAAGCUGCUCACUACACGGACAUUGCUUGUACGCUGUUCUUCCUCCUGGCAGAAAUGAUCAAUGACGACAUCGAGUUUUACCCACCUACAAGACAGUUCUAUACCUGUUGUAUUGACCUACUGGGAAAGGAGUUUAUAGAAAAAGACCCGUCUCAGACUGAAAUUGUUCUACAAUUUUCUCUGAACUCCCCAGCUAUGUCAGGUCUUAUGUCACCGCACUUCGUGCCCAUCAACAACCCCCACACCUAUGUCACUAUGUAUGAACGACUCGUGCAGAUCCUACAGCAACAGAACCCGGACCUAGUCUUCAUGCUCCUGACCAAGUUUGAGAUUGCUCAGUGGCUGCAGAGCAAAUCUCCUGCUCCGAUUGAAGUGAAGAGAUUUGUCAACAUUCUGGCAUCUGGCCUGUACAGCUGUGGUGUGGACCCUGAUGCUAAACAUAGCAUGGUGUUUGAGAUUUACUUCAAACACCUGAAGGCUGUCCUGAAGCACAAUUUUCCACAGAACCUUAACUAUGUUUUGAACAUAAUUCUCACUGGUACUGCCGAGCAGAAGUUACAUCCGAGAUGCUGGCAGAUUUUACAGCAGCAUUGUUUUUACGAGGGAGACAACACCUCCAGGAGAACAGAUGUUGGAUCUGACAUGUCUACGGAACAGACAAAGUAUUGCCUGACCACCAUCGGCCAUUUCUUCCUCCAGCUGCGGACCUCGUCGACUGACCACGGAUCUUUUGGACUUUAUCCAGGGACCACCGUCUACCUCCCACACAUAACUCGGCUAUUGCAGGAUCUGAUGAUCUGCUUUAUCAACAAAGUCCUCCCAACACUGCAGGAAACCAACCCUACUCAGGUUCUAGACCUAAUUUGGCAGACACACAUCACUGCAUUUGCUGCUUGGUUGCAGCCAUUACAAACAGAGACUUCCCCACUGUUACCAUGGAUACAAGCUGAUUGUGAAGCAGGAAAGAAAAUGGUGGAAGCCUUUGUGUUUGUCACACAGUUUCUGCACCAAGCAUUUCUCAACAUCAUCCCACCGUACCAGGGCGAUACUUUGAGUAAGCUGUGGUGGUACUUCUGUGACGUGUUGUGUGGGAAACAAAUUCCUGCUCAUGUUACCAAUGUAUACAAUCACGAAUUUUCAACAUUGCCAUGGGAAGAGCUUAAACCUAACAAUCGAGUCUUGGAUACCAUGAUGCAGGUUAAGGACCAGAAUUGUCCGGAGAGCUUUGAUCUUCUGGCCCAUGUGGUGUGUCAGCUAAACUGGACCGAUAUUGUGGCUUUCUAUGGGCAGUGUUAUGGGGGGCAGGGAACCAGUCAGGCCCUGGCCUGUGUACUCCUGCUGUUGGUACAGUGUUACGGGGACCAGAAACAUGUGGAGAUUCCAACGCUGGAGCAAAAGACUCUGACUGCAGAGACAUAUGAUUGGUCAACUUUGACCUCAGACAACUACAGACAUGCCAGUAAUUGGUUCUUACAAACAUGUGACCCACGAUGUGUUUUAGCAGAGAGGUCCUCAUCCAUGGCUUUAGGGUUAAGGUUGUUGAAGACUGCCUCAGGUUUCAGUGUGAAGUCAUCCAUGACCUGGACCUCUGACCUUUCGAUGAAGCGCCAGUGCUACAUACACAGUGUGGUGCAGCUGAUGUGUCAGUGCACGUUUGAGGCUGACGUCAACCUGGACACUAUUUCUAUGAUUUUGAUGAAUCUUCUGACAGAGGUGGAAACUGUCACGAGUGCAAUUUCAGACACGCAUAUUCAGGAAGACGAGAGUCUGGAUUUGGUGAGGGAAAUAUUUGCUCUUCUCAACAACUGCAAUCCUGAAAACAACUCUGUCUCUGUUGUCAUGACAACCAUCAUCCAAUGGCUGCAGUCCUCCCCCAGAAGCAUUCUCCUGAUGCCCUGUGUUCGAGUGGCGUCACGAUGCCUGGCUUCUCACAGACACAUCGUCAUUAUUGUAGAGGAAUGUAUCCAUGUGUAUUUCAGAGGAGGCUUGGACCAAGUUCCGGGAGGGGGUUGGGACCAUGUUUUAGCUGCCAUGCAGAUCCCUGAUCUCAAUAUCGAGGACUUCCUGAAAACAGCCCUUGAGGAGGGGACAUUCCUACUGUUAUACGGGUACAUCGUACAGAAACUUCCUCUCUGUCAGCAGUUAACGGAUGAACAGAUUUUGAUCCGUCAGUUGUUGGACUGGAUCAGCAAUGCUAAACCAGUGCAGGAGAAUGAGAGCAAGUUACUACUUUUGUGGUUUAAGAGUCUGGAGCUGAUCCUGAGACAACUGGACUUUGGAUGUGCUCACACGACAAUAAUAAAAAUGCUGUCUACCAUGGUGACCUCUUUGCACUUGCUUGGUGAAGACAGGGCCAGUGGUGGUUUGUUGGGUGCUAUUGGACUAGGGAAACGUUCCAGUCUAUCACCUGUAUUUCGAAUAUCAUGUCGUUCAUUGGCAGCCAUGAUAACCCUACAGGUGUAUGAUGAAAUGAGAAUACGUUUACAACCUGGACAGUCAUUGGCUAGCAAUGGAGCUACCAAACAGGAAGUGGGAGCUCUUUUGUCAAUGAAGUCAAAUAAAGCGUACCAGUCCUACAGAAGUGAAAUUGAAAUUUUGUGUGACUUGGUUCAGAAUGAAAAUUAUGGAUUGCGACAGACUCUGAGCUUGAUCCAUCAGUUAUCUCAAAUGUUCUACAGGGAGAAAGAAUUCCUGUCUGUACUACAUUUGUUUGACAAGUAGAUAACCGUGCCGUUUAUCUUUCCAUAAAACAGUCGUGUUUUAAUCUCAUUGUCGCAUGUAUAUAUAUAUAUAUAUAAUUGUAUUUUCAAGAUAGUGUAUACCGGUGUAUAGAUGGAAACUACACGUUUAUAUUCUUUUAUGUUUCAAGUCUGUACAUUGACAUUGUAUUGUAUAAUCGAAGGGUGAUAUUUUAAGGGUUGUUGGAUGUACUGGAUGUACUUGCAUAAAAAUGUGAAAAUAAACAAUUUUUUUUUUUUGUCAGGCAAUACUGCAUCUUCAAAUAAUGUUUUAUAUUCAUAAUUUUUUUUCACAACUGCAUGUUGAUGGUGCUAAAAUGAUAAUACAAGACCAGUAGUUUUGAAUAACAGGGAUUAUUGGGUUAUAAAGCUUUACUAUGUACAUUGUAGGUCAGACAAAGAAGAAAUUCAUUGUUAGUUGGUUAAUUAUCUUUUUUAUUCCCCCCACCUUGCCGGAUUGAAGAUCAUGUUCUGUAAUGAUUUGUCCAUUUGUGUGCGGCUGUAAACCUUUGCAUGAUCAUGAUAUUUUACCUCUGCAAGACAGAUAUUUCAUGUUAGGUUAAAUGAAAGGUCAAGGUCAAAUUUACCACAAUAGGACGCGACUGUUAUAAGGGUAUUGUGUUUCACAAGCCUACCUUGUUUACUAAAGGUGUAAUUUAAUGUACAACAUACAAAUCGUGGUCUCCAUGCAAUGCUAUACUUGUACAGAUGUAACUUUUGUGUGUAGUGUGCUAUGUGAACUUUUUAUGUACAGAAAUAUUGUUAGUACCUUUAAACAUGAAUUAUUGAAACAAUGGCAUUCAUUUUCUGAAACAAAUUUAAAGGGCAAAAAUUGAUAUUGCUCUUCUUUAUAAUUAUGGCGGAGUGAGAAGGGAGGUAACUCAUAAUUACUCCAGAUUUAUAUCAUACAGAAUCUGCAUUCAUUACAUGUCAUAUUGAUGAAGGUCAAAUUGCUCGGUUUUUAUUACAUCAAUAUGGCCUCUGGAAACUGAGUGCAGGUCACUAUUGAUACUUAAUAUAAAUAUUAUGUUUCACUUUGUUAAAUGUGCAAAUUACAUGUUUCACUUUGUUAAAUGUGCGAAUUACAUAUAGUGAAUAAAGUAUUGGUCAUGUUGAAUCUAAUAAAAUCAUAUGUUGAUCAGUUUAUUCACUACAUGCUAAGUUUGCCAAAGUUCAACAUUGUAUGCACUAAACUUCAUAUACUUUGUAUAAGGCAUAUGCAAAAAUCAUAGAUUUGGAAGUGUAAUUUUUUUUAAUGAAAAACAAAUGACUGUAUUUUAGAGCCAAAAUGAUGAGAGUUAUGCUGCAGGUGUAGGGUUGUCCCAGAAAUUUGUUAGCUUAAAACAAUUUGUGAUUGUUAUUGGGUAAAAGGGUUUUCUUGGGGGAUCCUCUGCACUCUUCAUUCAUUAAGAGAAAGUCCACACAGGAACUCGAGUAUGAGUUAUGGAGAAAAUUUUUGGCCCUCAAGUCUUAAAAACAACAAUGGGGUGUUUGAAGCUUUUCCUUUCUGCUUGCAACUUUUACCAAUCCUUGAUAUUUAUUUGGAUGUCAACACAACUUUUACCAAUCCUUGAUAUUUAUUUGGAUGUCAACACACAUAUAUAUACUUGUACACCGAAGAUAGAAUAAUAUACGGAUUUUAGUAGUCCAGUUUAAGGGUCCACUAGUGAAAUUUGGACUAAAUUGUAUGCCAGUCUCCGAUUUCAAGCAUGCAGAUGUACACAAAUAAAUGGAACCGUAUUUUAAUUGUCUUCAACAAAAUUCAUUUCAACUUCACAUAUUGUUUUUGUAUUCUUUUCUCAGGACUUGUACAUGUGUUAUGAUCACACCAAAUCAAAAUAUUGAAAUACACAUUUAAAUACACGAACAUGGGCUGUUUGAACUAAUUAAUGUGGAGGAAGAUUUUUUGUCAAGGUACAUGUACUUGUGACAAGGACUUAGAAAUACCUAUCUAAAUGAGGUAUAUGUUCCCCGUUGUAUUGUCUCCUGAUAUAUUGCUGGAAUGCAUCAUUCUCAGCAGCUUCGAAGGUUGUAGUGUAAUUACCUUUACGUCAACACCACCCCCCCCAUGAAUUAUGCAGAUGAAAGAUUUUUAAAAUUCAUUUUAAAAGUACAAAAUGUGUCAAAUUGUUGCUCUCUCUCUCUGGCAUUGAAUAGGAAAAUCAAACCCUCACAAAUUACUGUCCUUUUUUUGGUUUCCAUAGCAACUCUUAAAAAACAUACUCAGAUGGAAAUGAAUUGAAGUUUGACUGUGAUGGUGGAUGUUAUGUUUUGUGUAGUAUAUAAUGUAAUGAUAUAAUUCCUUGUUUUGUUAUACCUUUCAGGAAAUAAAUGAUAAGUUGAA